UACAAAUGUCAGAAACAGAAACCUCGGAAAGUUGAAAGGGCGAGGAGGGCCAUUCGGGUGAUUUUUGCAGUUUCAUUACAGAAAGAAUUGUACGCGGGGAUAAAAUAACAAUCGAAACAACUAUAAUGUUACCAGCGGCGGUUGAAGGCAGAGUGUUCGCGCGCGAAAUCCGCUUCAACGCCGUAUAACAAUGUCGGGACAGUUCGAUAUUCCAAAUUGUUUUUAACUUAGUAACGCCUCCAGGAUCAUGUUGAAAUUUAAAAAAAUGGGCUCGGAUAAAGUGCCGUUACUGCUUGUUACUGCCAACGUUGGAUCUAUAUUCGAAGACCCGUCAGUGAUGCUACCGAUCUGGACAUCGGAAUUCCUCCAAGCAGUCUCUCGUAUGGAUCCAAAGUUCAUAGCUCUUCAUCUGCAAGAAGUUGGUGGGAAAGCUUACGAGAAAUCUAUGCAGUAUGUGGAAGAUUUUGUGCAGAGAUUGUGCGAUUGUCCCGAAUUAAGAUUGUAUGACAAGAUCCGGAUAUUCCUGGAUGAAGAUUUUAGCUCACCUGAGAGGUUCACGGCAUUAGGUAAUAUGUAUUUCGCGCACUCUUCACUUACCGACAUCAAGAUCUGGGACUUUGAGGUGAAGGGCUACGUGGAGGUCGUUGGCAAAGAGGUCAAUAGCGGGAACAUUGAAAAGGUCACUACCAAAGAAAAGGCCAAAUUUCCACAGCAUUUCUUCCCGGAGUGCAAAUGGUCGCGCAAAGGAUUCCUGCGCACGCGCUGGUUGCUGCGCGGCACUGCGGUUGAAUUUGUCAACAUACAUUUGUUCCAUGACGCAUCUAAUCUGGUAGCUAUGGAGCCCUUCCCAUCGGUAUACUGCCGAAGUCGUCGUCGCGCGUUACGUCACACGUUACGUCAUCUGCACGCGGACGCAAACUCCGCCCCAUACUUUAUCUUCGGAGACUUCAACUUUAGGACUGACACAGGCGCUGUUGUUAAGAAAAUGACAGAAGAAUUGACAGCAUGCCGUCUACAACACGGCAACAGCGCGGAGUCCGCCAAGAUGCAGUACAAAGCGAGAGAGAAUGAUCGCCUCGUCCUUACCAUUGGCAAGAAGGAGUUCUCACAUGUAGACCAUCAGAAGAUAUUCAGGGAACCAUGGCUGCAACGUUUCGACCGAGAGCUGGAGGCGCUGCGGCCACAUCUGUUCGAGUUCCCGGUCAAGUUCCCGCCAAGUUAUCCUUUCGAAGAAAAUGUACAACUACCCACACAUUAUAUGAAGACAAGAUGUCCGGCGUGGUGUGACCGCGUGCUGCUGUCUCAGUCUGCACGUCUGCUGGUGCAGCACUCUGACGCCAGACCUGGAGACUCCCGACAUCUGCAUUCUUCCAGGAAAUCAGUAACAGACUCAACGGACAGUAACAGCAGGAUGUCAUCUUCUGAUAGCAGUCCUGCGAGAUCCAACUCACCCGCUUCACAGAAUCAUCAAGUGAGUCCCGGCAAGGUGCUGGAGAAGAAGGGCAGUGUGGCGGACCUGGAGGCGCUGUGUGUGCCCGGCAUUGCUGUCAGCAGGAAGAGCAUUGCUGACCCCACCAGUAUACAACACGCCCUCAAUGCACGUGGUUCAGAUUCGGAAGGUUCGCCGAACCGUCGGCGUUUGGUUCGCAACCAGUCUGAGGGCUCGCCCAAGUGUGAGGGAGAACUGCGCCGGCUCGCUGACGUCACAGCACGACGCCGCACUGACUACGGUGUCAUCGGGGAUGCUGCCUGCAUGGGGGACCACAAGCCGAUCUACUUACGCGUGAUGCUGCAGAGUGACAGAGGUACGGUAGAGAGUAGAUGCCCCCGGCCUUGCGCGUUCUGCCCCGCCCCCGCCCCCGGCCCCGGCCCCACGCCCCCGCCCCGCUCGCCCCAGCCCCCGCCCCGCCUCGCCCGUCUGCCAACAGACCCAGAUAUAUAUGCCAAGAAAACUAUCUAUUCAUACGAAAUACACGCAGAUACAGAUGUACCAAAGCGUACCAGAACCAGUUCUUUAACAGAUAAAAUUAUACCAUACGUUGAAAUCACUAGUGUUGACUCAAACGAUGGUAUAUUUGUUAACGAUAUCGAUACAUCAUUACUCAGCCCUACGCAAUGUCUAUAUCCUUAUACACCAGAAAGUGUUGACUCGCAUACACCGAAUGCGGAAAAUUCAACAGGCUCUGAUGAUUUGGCUAAUGAAAUUAUCGAUGUUUUAGGUACGAAUUUAGAAAUAAAAUCGACUACUAAACUUAGUAGAGAUCGUAGUGUAUCCCCUACACAGUUGAAGAGUCGGUUAGAUAUGUUGUUAAAUGAUGUACCACCAUUAGAGAGAUUGGAUAGUAGGGAAUCAUGUAAAUCUGAGGCCAGUAAGAAAGGGGGCUUGUGUUGUUUGGCGUUGAAAUGUUACGGCUUUUGUAGGAGACGGGCGCGCAAAGUCGAUUGUCGUUGUAGUGGCUUUAGUAAAUGUUGCACUUAAUAUCGAUAUAUCGAUGUCGCAGCACUAUUUCCUUCCUCCACAGUUAAAAACAAAUUUAAAUAUGUCAAAUGCAUUGACAUAGACUAUAAUUUGACAGAUGACUUCUCAUAGAUUAAAAAUAUUUUGACUUUUUAAUUUUGGAGGAAUGUGAAUGCAUUUUUUUUAUAGUGUAUAUUUAAGACUUAAUUGUAUUAAACGAACAAAUGGUAAAUUUUUACCAUACAAUAUCUAAGUUAUGUUAAUUGUCACUUUAAGUAUUAAAAACUUAAAGUGAUAUUAACAUAACUUAAUGACGAUAAGUUUAAAACUAAGUAUUAAGCAUGAUUGUCGUAUUACUUAAAAGCAUGCAUUUUUUUUUUAACUAAUGAAAACUUAAUCUAUUAUAAUUAGUUGUAAAUAUUUUUGAUCUGUCAUAUUUUAAUAUGGCAACUAGUCCGCAGGUAACUGCAAAUUAUGAUGCAAUAUAAUCUAUGGUCAUAGUGAGGGGAUUCCUCAUAGAUAAUAAGAUUUGUAUAGAUAAUAAAUAAUGGUGCUUAAGAAAUUUUUAUGCCAAAUAAUUUUUAUAAUAAUUCUAGUCUUAGUUCUGCUCAAACAUACCCAAUUUUUUAUUGGGUGUUUUGACAUUUCAUUAAAAUGAUAAUUCUAUGUUACUUAUUACAUUACGAACAAAUAAAAAUAAAUUUAUAAUUCACAAU